CCCUCACCCCUCUCCAAAACCCUAAACCCUCCCCCGGCGGCGGCGGCGGCGGCUACCAGCACCACACGACCCACACACCAUGAGGGCUCCCAUGAGAGGAGGAGGAGGGCGCGGCGGUGGCAGGGGCUUCGGCGACAGCGGUGGCCGCGGGCGCGGGCGCGGCUUCGGUGGAAGGAGCGACGGUGGCGGCCGCAGCGGUGGUAGGGGUUUCGGAGGCCGCAGCGGCGGCAGGGGCCGUGGCGGCGGCAGGGGUGGGGGAAGGGGUGGCCCCGGCAUGAAGGGCGGUGCCAAGGUGGUCGUCGUGCCCCACAAGCACGACGGCGUCUUCAUCGCCAAGGCCAAGGAGGACGCGCUCUGCACCAAGAACAUGGUCGCCGGCGAGUCCGUCUACGGCGAGAAGAGGGUCUCCGUCCAGAAUGAGGAUUCAUCCAAGGUCGAGUACAGGGUGUGGAACCCCUUCAGGUCCAAGCUGGCUGCUGCCGUGCUAGGUGGUGUGGACAACAUCUGGAUUGCUCCUGGAACUCGUGUGCUGUAUCUUGGAGCCGCUUCUGGAACUACCGUGUCUCAUGUGUCUGACAUUGUUGGACCGACUGGGUUGGUGUAUGCUGUUGAGUUCUCUCACCGGAGUGGCAGGGAUCUUGUCAACAUGGCCAAGAAGAGGACCAAUGUCAUCCCCAUCAUCGAGGAUGCUAGGCACCCGGCCAAAUACCGGAUGCUGGUUGGCAUGGUUGAUGUUAUCUUUUCUGAUGUUGCACAGCCUGACCAGGCUAGAAUCUUAGCCCUUAACGCAUCAUACUUCUUGAAGAAUGGCGGCCACUUUGUCAUUUCCAUCAAGGCAAACUGUAUCGACUCCACCCAGGCUGCUGAGGCCGUGUUUGCGAGCGAAGUGGAGAAGCUCAAGGCCGACCAGUUCAAGCCAUCGGAGCAGGUGACCCUGGAGCCCUUCGAGCGCGACCACGCCUGCGUCGUCGGUGGUUACAGGAUGCCCAAGAAGCAAAAGUGAAGUUGAGGAGAAGAAGAAUAGAAGUGGCCUUGUUGUUUCUGCAAUCUGCUUUUGCUCAGAUGUACUAUUAGCAGUAGUGGUAAUGUGACCCAAGUGUAUGGGGUUUUGUGGAAACUCUCUGAGACGAUUCCUGCUGUUUUACAGCAAUUAUGUUAAACUUGAUUUGAGCAGAAAA